AUGGCGCUUAUGCGACUCGCCCAUUCCUCAAAAUGGCGGAAUUUAUGCAGAGGAAGUUUCGUGGAAUCUUUGAGUUGCGAUACGCGCAAUUGCACAGAAUCGAAAGCCAUGAUAAUUACUGUAAACGACACAUUAUGCUCCUGUGGAUGCCUAAUUAAUCAUACGGCUGGAAGAUUUUUUGCUCGAACGUGCGAGGAAAUCACAGAUUGGACGUUGAAAUCUCACGGAAGAUUUCUGUAUCUGAAAUUAAAACACGACGCGACUACCAAUCAAUUUAGACUUGCAAUUUAUCGCGGUUUAACAAAAGAGGAGUUAAUUUAUGAUUCCGUAAUAAGCAGCCAUGCUCAUAAAAGCAGUUUACAGUUCACUUCCAAAGAUUACUUCGUUAUUUCACUUCUGAAAAUGAAUAGCUCAUCAAAUAUCAACUCGGGUAUAGAAAUAGGCUUUGAAUGGAAGAAUGCAACCGAUCAUAUGCUGUCAUCAAUUACAACACUGACAUUGUCACAUUCCUGCAUGUUUUGUCAUCGUGAUUUGUCAUUCCUCCUAUCAAGUCUAUUCAUUAUUUAAUUAUAUCUCUUCCGCCACUUCUGUGCUCCUAUUCUACCAUAUCGGUUAUUCGAAAAACAAAAUGGAAGCGAAAUCAACAAUUAAGCAUCGGUAAUUCGUUGGACGAACCCAGGCCUGAUGUGAGUAUGGUACAAUCCGGACAAACAGACACUACAGAAAUCAGAUCAAACAGAACCAUCGUCACGAAACGUUCUAUCGGUAUACAGCUUUCGGCAUCAUCGACUCCACGUUCCCCCGCGAGAAAGGUUAAAAUUUACGAAAAGUCAGAGUUUGUUAUGCCAUCACCAAUAAAAUUUUUAAACUCAGAAUUUUCAAGAUUAAAAGAAAUAAAGUUUAAAUGUUCCUGAAAGUCAGUGAUUACUUUAAGUGUUAUGGAAAAAUACAUCCUGUUCUGUUAAGGCUAUUAAACAUAAACAUUUUGGUAUCUUGUCUCUAUUCCAGGUUUACGAUGGUCUCGAACAACUAAUUCACCACAAAUUACACCACGUAAACGACGAGCACUCAUCACUUUCAUUUAAUACCGAUCACGAUUGGAAUACGAUUAUUACGAGCCAACCGUGCCGGGUUCAUUCCUUACACCAUCUGUCAACUUCUACUCUGAUAUCGAUGUUGAGCAGAUUAUAGGU